AUUUUGAUCAAAUGCUUGAGUCAAUCGAUUGAGUCAAGCGAGAUUGAUCGUCUAGGAACCAGUUUGACGCUUGAGCCAAGCAUUGACGGUGAUUGAUAGAAAGUUUGAUUGACGGGAGUGCUUGAAGAAGGCGCUUGAUCGUCUACGUGGGUUUUGAUCAAAUUUUCCGUCAGUCACGCGCCAGUCAGCAACCAUGGAAAUUUCGCAACCAGAUCGCGAAUUCACUAGCCUACUUAUAGAUUUGUAUAGAGACUGUCCAGAGCUGUGGAAAGUUAAAAGUAAAGACUAUUUUAAUAGAAAUAAAAAAAGUGCAGCAUUAGAAAAAAUUGUGGGGGGCUUUGAAAACGCUGAAACCGGACUACAAUGAAAAGAAAUUAAAGCAAAAAAUUAAUAGUUUGAGAAGAAAUUUCAACAGGGAUUUCAGGUUAAUCGAAGCAACAAGACUGUCCGGGGCGUCAGGGGAUGACAUCCGAGAACCGGCACUGUGGUACUAUAACGAACUUUCUUUCAUAA